UUUGUCUCACACUUUAAUUUACAAUUGGGUAACGUGUGCGCGCGCGUGAACUCGGGCGUGAGGGGAGAAGACAAAGAGCCCCGCGCAUCUUAUUUUUUCGUGACAUGGUGGGCGGCUGAGUUUCAGUCCUUUAAAAAGCCCCUGUACCAAUUCAGACAGACAGACAGACACAGAAAGAAAGCGACAGACAGAGAGGGAGAGAUAGAGAGUGGGCAAAUCCACGGCACCAUGACGCACAGGUCAGCGCGUCUCCUGCAGUGAUGCUCCAUUGACUCAUUUAUCCAGAGCGAAGCAGCAGCGCGGCUCAGGACAGUCUCCUGCCAUGGACUCUCUCGGCGGUCUCCUCUUGCGGGUAACGGUGCUUCUGUGCGGCUCCUGCUGCGUUCAGGCGCUCUUACCGGGAAUAACGGAGCCCGAGUUCAUCCGCAGGUGUGUGCAGGCGCAUAACACGCAGCGCUCGCGCACCGGUCCACCUGCGGCCAGCGCGCGCUCAAUGGUAAGACAGGUGUUCAGGACGCAAUCCUGGGACAAUGAAUUGGCCAAAGGUGCCAGAGACCGAGCGAGACACUGCAAGGCCUCUCAUCAGCCAGGGCUGGCACAUUUUGGACACCCGCUGUUUGGGUGGAUGGGUGAGAACAUCUGGCUGGGGGCUCCGUUUUCAGCCUUCUCAGUGGAGAACGCCAUACACAGAUGGAGCAAAGGCAGUGCUUACUCACUCAAAAAUAACAACUGCUCACGCUUAUGUGGCCACUAUGCACAGUUAAUGUGGUCUACAAGCUUCAAGCUGGGCUGUGCUGUAAAUGUGUGCGCUAAAGGAAUCGAAAACUUCUCCUCUCACCCGGAAUCCACUAUUUUCGUGUGCAACUAUGGCGAUACGGGACACGUUCAUGGUAUUACUCCAUAUGUAGCAGGUGUGGACUGCAGCGGUUGUGGGUCAGUGAUCUGCAGAGACAACGUCUGUAGAUAUGAUUGGUUCCCUGGGUGGGACUAUGGCCCGCCCUCUUCAGCCUGCACUGUUUCCUAUUGGCUGACUAAUCUUGGAACGUGUCUACUAGGAGUUUGCUGGCUUCUCCACUUUUAUGCAACACAUUAAUGUCAUACUGUGAACCUGUUUCCUAAUGUCUCAAACUUGAACCUUAAAAUUAUUUGCAUCUCUCCAUAAUUUCAUUAUGACUGGAUAUUAAAUUAGCAGUCACUCUGAAAUAAUAAUAAGAAAUAUCUCUAUAAAUAUACAUGUAUAGUUUUCUUUUCUGCUGUGUGUAAAUCCUUUAUUUUAGUUCCAUAGACACAGUAGGUCUGUAAAUGCAUUUAGAAAACUGGAAUUUUCAUUUUGCUUGUAAGAAUUGCCAUCAUAAAAGUGCUAGUUGAAUAAACCUGGGUUGAUAUUUUAUACUCUUA